AUGACAUUUGCACGACCUUCGUUCUUUACAUGCUUUCUCGCGUAUGUCGCCCUCUUUCUUGCAGUUGGAUUGGUGGAGGUUGCUGGAAAACCAAAGUUCAUUGACGAAGAUGUUGGCAAGAAUAUCGUGGAAAUUGUACAAGCACGAGGUUUUGAUGUCCAAACGCAUAAGGUAACAACUGCAGACAACUAUAUCCUGACCAUGUAUCGCUUACUCAAGACGUACGAAGAAAAUGCAGGGUAUGAUGUAUGGCUUGCUAAUAAUCGUGGAACAACAUGGUCGAGAGAGCAUGUGACUUAUACUGACGAUGAUGACGAGUUCUGGGACUUUACGUGGGAAGAUAUGGAGGAGACCACAGUAGCAUUUGCGGGUUUCUCCUUCGAUCAAGAACUUGCAAAACAAGUGUCAUACUUUGCAGCGCUUGCACCAGUGGCUUGGACUGGUCACCUGACUGCUAGAAUCUUCAAGACCAUGGCAGUAACGCAUCUUGAUAAACUUUAUCAAAUCCUCGGUAUUCGAGAGUUUACAACGAAAAACAAGUUUAUCCAGGAACUCGUUGGCGGCUUUGCUUGCACAAUAGCUGAUGAUCUCUGCACGUCUGCAAUAACUAUGGUUGUUGGUUCAUCCGUUAACACAAAUGUAUCCCGGAUAGCAGUUUACAUUUCACAGACGCCAGCGGGGACCUCGGUCAAGAACAUGGCUCAUUACGCUCAGAAUAUUCGCGACAAUACCUUUGCAUCCUACGACUACGGCUGCAAAUGCAAACGGAAGAAAGGACUUGACAAGUGUUCCGAAUCAAAGUGA